AUAAUCCUUAAGCUGUGAUUUUUAAUGUAGAAAGUUUUAAAUUAGAUUACCGAUGACUUGUAGUAUCCUUCAGUUAUUAAUCUAAAAUCACCACCUCGCCCAUAACCGCCAAUUCUUAAACACAAGUUUCCAGAGCCUUAAAAUAUUCAAUUUAAUAAAAAAAAGUCAUUCAAAUUUUGAAAUUCAAUUCCAACGCUCCAUUCGACUGCGAAAUCGUGAUUUCAAAAAAUAAUAAUUCAGAUUAUUACUUAUUCAAGAACACUUUUUAUUAAUUGGUUUGGUUCCGACGAUUGUGUUAUUUUUAAGUUGCUAAGUUUCAAUUAUAUGUUUCAUUGAAAAGUUAGGACAAAAGUUAUCGUCAAUAUGUCUGGAAGAGACAUUUAUUAUUCUGAAAAGUAUUAUGAUGAAGAACACGAAUACAGGCAUGUAGUAUUGUCAAAAGACAUGGUGAAGCUAGUACCCAAGAACCAUUUGAUGUCGGAAAAAGAAUGGCGGAGUAUCGGGGUUCAACAAAGCCAGGGUUGGGUACACUACAUGACACAUCAACCUGAACCUCACAUUUUGCUGUUUCGACGAAAAAAGACUACACCAUCGCAAAAUAAAUAAGCCAGCCUGUUAAAAAAUAAAUGUACAGAUCUUUCUUGAGAUUAGUUAUAAUUUAGUUUUAAUUUUUUUAUUAUAGACAUAUGG